GUUUUGCGCACCAAGCAACGUGCAACGUGUGAGCAGGAUAGCGAAUAGUGCUAGAGUUCUCAGACGGCGGCGGCAUCAAUUUCUGAAUUAAUUACCAUUUGUCGCGAAACUGCGCGUCCUUUAUCUUUCCUAGACAAAAAUCUUUCAUCUUAGUGCAAAUUGUGUAAAAUAGUGAAAUUAUGGCAUCAGAUGAAGAAGUAGACGGUUCUUUUGCAGGCGACGAGGACGUGGAGGAGGGCGAGGGACAGAACGAGAACUCUGGCGAAAGUGAUGAGGUGCCACCUAAGGAAGAUGAUGACUACUCUCCAGAAGAUGGAAGAAAGAAAAAGAAGGGCAAAAAGAGGAAGGCCCGUGGAGAAGAGAAGAAGGGUAGAAAGAAAAAGAAGAAGCGAAAGAAUGAGAGUGAAGAGGAGGAAGAGUUCCCCGCUGAGGACGGUGCGGAGGGCGACAGUGACUACGCCCUCAGUGCGAUGUCUUCCGGCAAGAAGUCGCGCAAGGGACGUGGUAGCAAGCAUGGCACACCCGGGACACCCGCCGCUUCCGACUCUGGCUCUGGCAUGCCAACAGUAGAAGAAGUGUGCUCCUCAUUUGGCCUCACAGAUGUGGACAUUGAGUACUCAGACGCUGACAUGGAGAACUUGACUUCAUACAAACUGUUCCAGCAGCAUGUCCGACCAUUGCUGGUCAAAGAAAACCCUAAGGUGCCAGUAUCAAAACUAAUGAUGCUAGUGGCGGCAAAAUGGCGGCUGUUCUCGGAGAGCAACCCCAACCUCGGCGGCGGCCAGGGCCUGGGGUCGGAGGAGAACACCAACACCUCCGCCACGUCGGACUACGUGCCUAGCCGGGGCCGCCCCGGACGCCCGCCCAAGGAGCCUAAGCAAGAAGAGGUUCAAGACGAGCCGGACGAAGAAGACGAAGAGGAAGCGAGCGACGAGGGCACCCCGGCGCCCAAGAAGCGAGGGCGUAAGGCGCGACACUCUGGGGCCACGCCGCGCGGGAAGCCGGGCCGGAAGCCCAAGGUGCCCACGCUCAAGAUCAAGUUCAGCAAGAGGAAGCGCACUAGCAGUGUGAGUGUGGAAGAGGACCCGGAAGGCAGUGCGGGCGCGAACUCCGACUCGGAUGCCGAGUUCGAGCAGAUGUUAGCUGAAGCGGAGGAGCCCAAGCCCGGCGCGCCGCCCGCCGCCGCCGCCGCCGCCGACGCGCCGGCUGCUAAGGACGACGAUGUCGCUGCACAGCCGCGCAAGAAGGCGAAGACAAAGAUCGGCAACAAGACGAAGCGCAAGAAGGCCAAGACCAAGAUCGGCAACAAGUUCCCCGACGGCGCGGAGGAGCCUGAACACCAGGACUACUGCGAGGUGUGCCAACAAGGCGGCGAGAUCAUCCUGUGCGACACGUGCCCGCGCGCCUACCACCUGGUGUGUCUGGAGCCGGAGCUGGAGGAGACGCCGGAGGGGCGCUGGUCGUGCCCGCACUGCGAGGCCGAGCCGGGCCAGGACCAGGACGACGAUGACGAGCACCAGGAGUUCUGCAGGAACUGCAAGGACGGCGGCGAGCUGCUCUGCUGCGACUCGUGUCCGUCCGCGUACCACCGUUUCUGCCUCAACCCGCCGCUCGACGAGGUGCCUGACGGCGAGUGGAAGUGUCCGCGAUGCAGCUGUCCCCCUCUAGAAGGCAAGGUGCACAAGAUCCUGACGUGGCGCUGGAAGGAGCAGGGCAAGUCGAAGGCGGCGCGCAGCCGCGAGUUCUUCGUCAAGUGGCACGAGCGCUCCUAUUGGCAUUGCAGCUGGAUCUCCGAGCUACAGCUGGACGUGUUCCACCCGCUCAUGUACCGCUACUACAUGCGCAAGUACGACAACGAGGAGCCGCCCAAGCUGGAGGAGCCGCUGGACGAGCGCGACGGCCGCGUCAAGCGCAUGAAGAGCAAGCAGACAGUAGACCACGACCUGCAGGAGAAGGCCUUGGAGCAGCAGUACUAUAGGUACGGCGUAAAACCGGAAUGGCUGAUCGUGCACCGCGUGAUCAACCACCGCACGUCGCGCGACGGCACCACGUUCUUCCUGGUGAAGUGGCGCGACCUGUCGUACGACCAGUCCACCUGGGAGUCCGAACAUGAGGAUAUUAUGGGAUUGAAGCCCGCCGUCGAGUACUAUCAGGACAUGCGCGCCUACAUAACCUCCGAGGGCAAGUCCAAGGGCAGCAAGGGCAAGAAAGCCGGCCGCAAGUCCAAGAACCGGGACUUAGACGACGACGACAGCAGCGGACAACAACAACGCACACACAAGUACAACCCGCCGCCAGAGCGCCCUAUCAGCAACCUCAACAAGAAGUAUGAAGACCAACCGCCGUUUGUGUAUGAGACAGGCAUGCAGCUGCAUCCUUACCAGCUCGAGGGUCUCAACUGGCUGCGGUACUCGUGGGGACAAGGCAUCGACACCAUAUUGGCCGACGAGAUGGGUCUCGGCAAGACCAUCCAGACUGUCACAUUCCUCUACUCGCUGUUCAAGGAGGGACACUGCAAGGGACCAUUCUUAGUCUCCGUGCCACUGUCGACAAUCAUCAAUUGGGAACGUGAAUUCGAAUUGUGGGCUCCGGAUUUGUACUGCAUCACAUAUGUGGGUGACAAGGACUCCAGAGCCGUGAUUAGGGAGAAUGAGCUGACGUUCGAUGACAACGCAAACCGCAGCGGCCGCCCCUCCAAGAUCAAGUCGCAAGUGAAGUUCAACGUGCUUCUGACGUCAUACGAGCUCGUGUCCAUCGACGCCACCUGCCUCGGCUCCAUCGACUGGGCCGUGCUGGUCGUCGACGAAGCCCAUAGGUUGAAGAGCAACCAGUCCAAGUUCUUCCGUCUUCUAGCCGGAUACCACAUCAACUACAAACUGCUACUCACCGGAACUCCACUUCAAAACAACUUAGAGGAACUCUUCCAUCUGUUGAACUUCUUGAACAAGGACAAGUUCAACGACCUGGCCGCCUUCCAGAACGAGUUUGCCGAUGUCUCGAAGGAGGAGCAAGUGAAGAGACUGCACGAGAUGCUGGGCCCGCACAUGCUGCGGCGACUGAAGGCCGACGUGCUCAAGAACAUGCCCACCAAGUCCGAGUUCAUCGUGCGAGUCGAGCUCUCGCCCAUGCAGAAGAAGUAUUACAAGUACAUUCUCACAAGGAACUACGAGGCUCUGAAUCCUAAGGGCGGUGGACAGACCGUCUCGCUACUGAACGUGAUGAUGGAUCUGAAGAAGUGUUGCAACCAUCCCUAUUUGUUCCCGGUGGCGGCUGAAGAGGCUCCGCUAGGGCCUCACGGAAACUACGACACACAAGCUUUAAUCAAAGCGGCAGGCAAACUGGUGUUGCUGUCUAAAAUGUUGAAACUGCUGAAGGAACAAGGGCACAGAGUGUUGAUCUUCUCACAGAUGACAAAGAUGUUAGACAUUCUGGAAGACUUCCUCGAAGGCGAAGGAUACAAGUACGAAAGAAUCGACGGAGGUAUCACCGGGACCACGCGUCAGGAAGCCAUCGAUAGGUUCAACGCGCCGGGCGCUCAACAGUUCGUGUUCUUACUGUCAACUCGCGCCGGAGGUCUCGGUAUCAACCUGGCCACCGCCGACACCGUCAUCAUCUACGACUCGGACUGGAACCCGCACAACGACAUCCAGGCCUUCUCCCGCGCGCAUCGUAUCGGCCAGGCCAACAAGGUCAUGAUCUACCGCUUCGUAACGCGCAACAGUGUCGAGGAGCGAGUCACCCAGGUGGCCAAGCGCAAGAUGAUGUUGACGCAUCUCGUCGUCCGCCCCGGCAUGGGCGGCAAGGGCGCCAACUUCACCAAGCAGGAACUCGAUGAUAUAUUGCGCUUCGGUACCGAGGAGCUGUUCAAGGAGGACGAGGGCAAGGAGGAGGCCAUCCACUACGACGACCGCGCCGUGUCCGACCUGCUCGACCGCACCAAGGAGGGCAUCGAGUCCAAGGAGUCGUGGGCCAACGAGUACCUCAGCUCCUUCAAGGUCGCCGACUACUCCACCAAGGAGGGCGACGGCGAUGAGGAGGUGGACACGGAGAUUAUCAAACAGGAGGCGGAGAACACCGACCCCGCGUACUGGAUCAAGCUGCUGCGCCACCACUACGAGCAGCACCAGGAGGACCAGGCGCGCUCGCUCGGCAAGGGCAAGCGCGUGCGCAAGCAGGUCAACUACAACGACGGCAGCGUCGCACAGACCGACUCCACGCGCGAGGACACCACCUGGCAGGAGAACGGCUCCGACUACAACACGGACUUCUCGCAGCCCAGCGACGACGACAAGGAGGACGACGACUUCGACGAGAAGAACGACAACGGCGACCUGCUAUCGCGGCGCAGCCGGCGGCGGCUGGAGCGGCGCGAGGAGCGCGACCGGCCGCUGCCGCCGCUGCUGGCGCGCGUGGGCGGCAACAUGGAGGUGCUCGGCUUCAACGCGCGCCAGCGCAAGUCCUUCCUCAACGCCAUCAUGCGCUACGGCAUGCCGCCGCAGGACGCCUUCAACUCGCAGUGGCUCGUGCGCGACCUGCGCGGCAAGUCCGAGCGCAACUUCAAGGCGUACGUGUCGCUCUUCAUGCGCCAUCUGUGCGAGCCCGGCGCCGACAACGCCGACACCUUCGCGGACGGCGUGCCGCGCGAGGGCCUGUCCCGCCAGCACGUGCUCACGCGCAUCGGCGUCAUGAGCCUCAUCCGCAAGAAGGUGCAGGAGUUCGAGCACAUCAACGGCUACUACAGCAUGCCCGAGCUCGUGCGCAAGCCCGUGGAGCCGGUGAAGGGCGCGGGCGGCAGCGCGGCCGCGUCCCCCGCGCCCUCCUCCGCCACCCCGCUCACGUCCGCCGCGCCCUCGCCCGCGCCCGCCGCCGCCGCGCCGCCUGCCACUACAGACAAGGAAGAGAAGGAGGAGGCCAAGGACGCCGACAAACCAGACGCGAAGGAGGCCGACAAGAAGGACGAGCCCAUGGACACCUCCGAGGUCAAGGAGGAGAAGGAAAAGGAAAAAGAGAAGGAAAUCAAGGAGGAAGAAAAGGAACAGGACAAGGAGGCCGAAGCUAAAGACUCUGAGGCGGAAAGACGCAUGUCCGUCGACGAGGAACCGCCCAAGGUCAAGGAGGAGAAAGACAAGCCUGAGGAGAAGAAGGUCGAGAAACCCGAGGUCGACUCCACCGAGAACAUCAAGGAGGAGGUCAAGGACGAGGCCGAAAAGAAGGAAGACGCGAAGAGCGACAAGGCCGACUCCGAGACGUCAGACAAACCAGACUCCAAGAAAGACAUCAAGAAAGAUGAAGACGACGACGACGUAGUCCUAGUUAAAGAAGAGGAGGACCUUAAAGUAGAGCGUCGUAAGUUCAUGUUCAACAUCGCCGACGGAGGGUUCACAGAGCUACACACUCUAUGGUUGAAUGAAGAGCGCGCGGCGGCGCCUGGUCGCGAGUACGAGAUCUGGCACAGAAGGCACGACUACUGGCUGCUGGCUGGCAUCGUGACGCACGGCUACGGGCGCUGGCAGGACAUUCAGAACGACCUGCGCUUCGCCAUCAUCAACGAGCCCUUCAAGAUGGAUGUCGGCAAGGGGAACUUCUUGGAGAUUAAGAACAAGUUCUUGGCGCGUCGGUUCAAGCUUCUAGAACAAGCGCUAGUGAUCGAAGAGCAGCUGCGUAGAGCCGCCUACCUGAACCUGACUCAGGACCCGAACCACCCGGCGAUGUCUCUGAACGCGCGCUUCGCCGAGGUCGAGUGCCUGGCCGAGUCGCACCAGCAUCUCAGCAAGGAGUCGCUGGCCGGCAAUAAGCCCGCUAAUGCUGUGCUGCAUAAGGUGCUGAACCAACUGGAGGAGCUGCUGUCGGACAUGAAAUCCGAUGUCUCUCGUCUGCCGGCGACGCUGGCGCGCAUCCCGCCCGUUGCGCAGCGCCUGCAGAUGUCCGAGCGGUCCAUCUUGAGCCGUCUCGCUGCCACCGCCGCCAACCCGCCGCCUAGCGCAGCCCAACUGGCGACGUUCCCGGGCGGGUUCUCAGCGGGCGGCUCGCUGCCCGGGUUCAGCCCGACGGCGGCGCAGGCGGCCAACUUCGCCAACUUCCGGCCGCAGUACUCCGUGCCGGGGCAGCCGCCCGCCACCGCCACCUCCAAUAAAUCAUAAGGUCGCUGCGCAGCGUAACGUAUAGGAAUUAUUUUAGAGCUAUAAACAUCAGCGCUCAGCGAGCGGUGCCGUGACGGUAACAUAGAAGAGUAUUUUAGACGUAAGCUUACUGGAUUCCUGCUCCACACAUUGGGUUGAAGUGAUAAUUAUAGUGAUUAGUGCAGAUAUGUUAGGUAACAUAAUAAUUUUACGUGGACUCUCAUAUUAUUUAUUUCAUCUGAUCUGUAUGAUGUCGAUAACUUGUUUUCACGUGUAUGUAAGUGAAUGUGGACGUAUUGUUUUAUGAAAUCUUUAUUUUUAAUUUACCAAAAACGAGAAUCGAAUAAAUCAUAAAAAUUAUGCAAAAAA